AUGGAGCUGGAGGAGACGCCGCUCGCCCCUCCGAAGACCAUGCUGCUUAUGCUGAGGAAAGUUCGCAAGAGGCGGGAGAUGCUGCUGCAGCAGCUGGGCUUCAUCUGCGCCAUCCUCUUCUUCGCCUGGUGCAUGUCCAGCCUGCUCUCCAGAGCGGGCCAAGAAUCAGCUGUUCCAGACAGAGGCAUUGUAUCAGGAAUGUGGAGAAAUAGAAGGUUGAUGGCAUCACCUAAUGGGACACAUGAAGAGAACUGUACAGAGCCAGCCAUUAAUGAGUUUCCUGAAGAUAUAUUUACAAAUAAAGAACGUCAGCAAGGAGGAAUUCUGCUUCAUAUCAUUGCUGCUCUUUAUAUGUUUUAUGCUUUGGCCAUAGUAUGUGAUGACUUCUUUGUUCCAUCCUUAGAGAAAAUUUGUGAGAAACUACAUUUGAGUGAAGAUGUUGCUGGAGCCACAUUCAUGGCAGCAGGGAGCUCCACCCCAGAACUGUUUGCAUCUGUUAUAGGUGUAUUUAUCACUCAUGGAGAUGUAGGAGUUGGGACCAUUGUUGGUUCAGCAGUUUUCAACAUUCUCUGCAUUGUUGGUGUCUGUGGACUGUUUGCAGGACAGGUGGUUUGUCUCACCCAGUGGGCUGUGUUCCGGGAUUCUGUAUACUACACAAUAUCUGUGAUCAUACUUAUUAUUUUCAUAUAUGAUGAGAAAAUAGAAUGGUGGGAAAGCCUUGUACUCAUCAUUAUGUAUUCAUUCUACAUACUUAUCAUGAAGUACAACAUGAGGAUGCAAAAUUUCUUCACCCUUAAAAGCAAGAAUGUUAGAAAUGGUGACACAGUCAACAAUGAGCUGGAAGAUGGUAAUAAAUGUUACUCUAGUUGUGAUGACCCAUCCAUUCCAUUACUAUGGAAAGUGAAGGGGAUACAGCAGUAUGGCAAAAACAGUGUUGUGAUGGUGGAUGAGAUCAUCUGCUCCAGUCCUCCCAAGUACCGGUUCCCUGAAGCUGGAUUACGGAUUAUGAUUACGAAUAAAUUCGGACCACGCACCAGAAUGCGGAUGGCAAGCCGACUCAUCAUUAACGAGCGUCAGCGGCUAAUCCAGUCUGCCAAUGGCUCAAGCAAAGCACUUCAGAACAGGAGACAGGAGAAUAUUGAAAAUGGAAACAUCCCUGUGGGAAACCAAGUGGAGGAAAACGAACAGGACAGUCUAACUCCAUUUUCAGUGCCAGAUGGAAAAAUGAACAAAAUUAAAUGGCUUUUGACAUGGCCAUUGAUAUUCGUGCUCUUUACCACAAUUCCAAACUGCAGCAAACCACGCUGGGAGAAGUGCUUUAUGCUGACCUUCAUCUUGUCCACUCUCUGGAUUGCCUUGUUCUCCUACUUCAUGGUGUGGAUGGUGACUGUGAUUGGAUACACCCUUGGGAUACCAGAUGUGAUCAUGGGCAUUACUUUCCUGGCUGCAGGAACAAGCGUCCCAGACUGCAUGGCCAGCUUAAUAGUGGCAAGACAAGGCCUUGGUGACAUGGCAGUAUCCAAUACAGUAGGGAGCAAUGUCUUUGACAUUCUGGUGGGACUUGGUGUUCCAUGGGGUUUGCAGACCAUGGCAAUCGAUUAUGGAUCAACUGUUAAAAUAAACAGCAAAGGACUGGUUUAUUCAGUUGCACUUUUGCUAGGAUCAGUGGCACUUACUGUGUUUGGAAUCCAUAUAAAUAAGUGGAAACUUGACAGGAAGUUAGGCAUCUACGUGUUGCUUCUAUAUGCUAUUUUCCUGUGUUUAUCUAUAAUGAUAGAGUUCAAUGUCUUCACCUUUGUCAACUUCCCUAUGUGCCGAGAAGAACUUUAAACCACAGCAAGGAGAGAGACUGAAAUUCUUCUGAUUGCACAUGAUGUAAAUGACAGGAGGCAUUUCACAUUUCUACCUUCUUUCCAUCAGUAAUUUAAGUGUCAUUCCUGCUUAAUCAGCUAACGAGCACUUUUACCUAUAUGGAAGGAAAGCAUACCUUUCUUUCAACAUGCUAGCUGAAGGCUACCAAAGCAUUUUCCUCAUCUUUGGAUAUUGCUGC